AUGCUAUCUCUCCUCUCUCGGUGCUCGCCCCGCCUCUGUUCUUGUACACCCGUCACCUGCAUUUCCAAUCUGCUCGUUAGCCGCUUUUCCAUCAGUCACCGCCACUCUGAAGCUACUUCCGCAUCUUCUUCAACCAAUCCUUUGGNNAAACAUGAUACACAGCAUAAAAAUCGUGGACACAUAGCGCGAUAUGCCAACGACCCUGAGUAUCGUGCAGACUUUUGGCUCGCCAGAAGGCUCNGAUACCAUAAUGAUCCUGAGUAUCGCGCUACGAUCACAGCUCGAAGCCGCGCUUGGAAAAACGCUCGAUAUGCCAACGACCCCGAGUUCCGCAGAAAGAUCCAAACUCAAACUGCAGCUCGUUAUGCCAACGACCCUCAAGAGAUACUUGCCAGACGCAGCGCUCAGUACAAGUCCGAUGCCCAAGUGCGUGAGACCCGCAGAGCUCAACAAGUAGCUAGUUUGGCAAAACUAAGUCCUGCCGCACUUGAGGAGAUUCGUCGACAGAACAAUCUUUCUAACAUCAAAAGGUAUCACAAUGACUUCGUCUCUAGGCAGCGGGCCAACCUUCGGUCGUGGAUCCUUCGUAACUUUCUCAAGCGGGAGCUGACGUGGAGGACGCAUGAGAUCGAAUCGAAUGCAAACGAGGUGACGCAUACAUGUUCUGGGUCAAACUGCGGCUAUGAAAAGAGAUUGAAGCUAUGGAUGAAGCGCAAGGGAUCUGAUCCUGCUCUUUACGACUGCUUCAAAUGCUUUACAUCAGACUGGGUGCCAGAGAAGGUUCUACCAAUUGGCUAUGAGCAUAAGGUCUGGGGUUCCAAGGGAUCUGGUGAGAAGUAA